AUGCCUACUCUUUGGACCAAGAUCAAGACCCUCCUGUGCUGCGGCGAGGAGGAAGAACAACCUCCCGCCCUUGUCAUCGGCGAGCCUUUCGGCUUCAAGCGUGUCGACGUCAACCUUGCCGGUCUCUCUGAGCAAGAACCUGUUCCUGUUACGGUUCCAAUCGAUUCAGAGGGAGCCCCACAAAUCUGCCGGUUGGACCGCGCCAGAGCUCACACAAGAGCACUCAGCAAUUCUUUCAAGUCAGCCACUACCAACGCAAUGUCAAGUGUCGGAGCUAAGGGCUCUGGUUAUUCCGCACUCGCUAACGGCAGUGCUUCAAAGAUGCAGCCCUUGAAGAUCGAAGAAGACUACGCCNCCCACGAGAUGAAGGAGCUGCUACCUCGUGGCACAGGUGGCCUCGAGACUAGCAGCAGCGUCGGAACUGCCAUUGCAGGUUGUGAGGAAGAGGAUGACGGUGUCAAGAGCCUCGCUCGCAUCUAG